AAGGAAUUAGGAUUAGAAAUCAUCUUUGUUCUAUACCUUGUUGCGGUUUUAGUGCUCUAAGCCGAUAGAGGCUGGGAUUCUACAACCAAUUGCUUGUAUCCCAAUUAGAGUACAAAAAAUUAGGGUUUUUGUCUAAAACUCAGACAAAAACACUCCUGAGAAAAUCGACAAGUAUUAUUCAAUUUUAGGGUUUCCUGCGAUUUUACAAGUUUCGUAUACGGGAAUAAUGGCGGAAUGGGGUCAACAGGCACCUGUGUAUCCCCCUCCUGGCGUGCUUAAGCGUCCUCGCACUGAAUAUGAUAUGCCUCCACAAAUGGCUCCUGGGCAUGAUAUGCGUGAGUAUAUAGUACGUGAUGAUGAGCGAGGAGCACCAGGGGUUGCGAAGGACUCAAAGACAUUAGGAUCUGCUUAUGAUCAGUUUCUUCAAAGAACGGAAGUUCCAUCAUACACUGCUGGGGAAGCUACUGCGCUUGCUGGGGCUUCUUUGGGAAGGGGCAUUCCUAUGGGAGACCCGUCUAUGUUAGGCCACCCUGGACAUAUAGUUCUAGGCGCAGCAUCAAAUGGCCGAGAUGUUGGAUAUAGGGGCCAGAUGCUAGUUGACACCAUGCCCAGACCAGUACGUGAAGCUGUACCUCUUCCUUCUGACGCUACGAACACUCUAUAUGUUGAGGGGCUUCCUCCAAAUAGCACUAAAAGAGAAGUAUCUCAUAUUUUUCGUCCUUUUGUGGGGUAUAAAGAAGUACGACUUGUGACAAAGGAAUCGAAACGUCGUGGAGGAUAUCCUCUCAUCCUAUGUUUCGUUGAUUUUGUUGAUGCUGCCUGUGCUGCUACUGCUUUGAGUGCCUUGCAAGGAUAUAAGAUGGACGAAGAUGACCGAGAUUCUACUUAUCUACGGAUUCAAUUCUCUCGACACCCUGGUCCUCGAUCUGGUGGUGGUGGAUCACGGGGGAGGCAUUAGAGAUUGGGAUUCAGUAACGGUCAACAUGCAGUUCAAGCUUGAUCAUAUUGUAACCUGUUCAUUGCCCCAUUUUCGGAGUUUGCUUAUGCUAUAGUGUAUUAGUCAUUCCGCUAUGAUGUUGUCUUCCCUUGCCUUAAAAGUAUCUAACAUACCGGAAAACAAACUAGCAGAGAAAAUUCGGAAUUUAUUAUUUUCACCUUGUUUGCAAUGCCUUUGAAUCUAUUAGCCUUCGGUGUCUAGUUUUUGGCAUUUGAUUUCUGAUGUGUAUGCUGUAUUUGGCAGAUUUCCGUUAGCCUCAAGCGCCAUUUUUACCUACUCUUA